UUUUUAUUGGGAAUACCGAUAUUGUUUAUAUGAUGGAUAAUGCACAAUAUCUAUAGGUCAUGUAAGCUAUCAGUGUAAGUUGUGACACCCAUAUUGCUUUCGCUUCACAGAUCACAACUUAUUACUGGACUCAGUGCUUCUCUGCAUCUCACGGUCAUGUUCUGGUGGUGGACUCUCCUGUUGAUGACUCUACUGGGACUAUCAGUAGGGACAGACAUUUGUCCAUCUGUCUGUGUGUGCUCCAAGAUGGAGAACACUCGAGACAGAGUGAAGGUGAACUGUCAAAGUAAAUCCCUCACUUCACUACCAACCAACCUCAGCAAACAAACAGAACUGCUGAAUCUCAACGGAAACAAACUGACAGCUCUUCCAGCAGAGUCGUUUAGUGAUCUAACCGAGUUGAAAAACUUGCGUUUGCGUUUCAAUGACAUCGCCACUGUGCAUAAGGAUGCUUUUAAAACACUCAAACACUUGAGAGUGUUGAUGUUGGAUUACAACCAGAUACCUUCUCUUCAUUCGGACACAUUCAAGUUUAACGAAGCGUUAGAAAUAAUAUCAUUAAGUAACAACCCAUUGGUGAAACUCGAAGACGGUCUUUUCUCAAAUAAACCCGAACUUGCAAGUGUAGAGGUCGAAAACUGUGGACUAACUUAUAUUGGAACUAAAACAUUUGACAAUGUUCCCAAUCUCUACUACUUGUAUUUAAAUGGAAACAAACUAGUCAAUGUUGAUUUUUCGACACUCAUGCCUCUACGUAGCUUACGGAUGAUUCUGGACAGGAACCCUUGGAAGUGUGACUGUAAGCUGAGAUCUCUACGAGACUGGAUGUUUAAGGAGGUCCACGCUUCUGGUAUAGAGUGGUACAAAGAGCAUUCACCUUCAUGUGCUGAGCCUGCAAAGCUAGCAAACAAGACUUGGCUGGAUAUCAAAUCUGAGGAAUUUGUGUGUUGAACUGGACUAAAAUAAUUGUCAUGUGACAAUUGUAUAUAAACUAUGACAGUUAUGUUUCCUAGAAUAAGGGUUUUUUUUCUUAACCAAGUAAUUCACAAGUUCAACUUGUUAGACUUUUAAGGUAUACCAUAAAUUUAACUUUAGGUCUUGGGAAAAAAAUAAUGGGCAAAAAUAUGAGCAAACACAUCCUGAUACAAAAAUAAGUAAUUUUUAUUUCAUACAUUUAGCAUAAGCACACAAACUGUAUAAAUAUACACAAUAUCACACAACAAUAAAGAGUUACGUAAUUAACAAUUUGAAAUCAGUCAUUAAAAGGUAAAGGAAUGUGAUUUUAAAAGUAAAACAAAGUCCAGUAGACUCCCUCUAACAUAGAACUUCCAGUUCAGACUUUGGAUAUUAUUGAGGUGUUUCUUAAUUAUUUAGAUUGGUACUGAGGUGUUAUAAUGUUGCACACAUAUUUUGUGGUUUUGGACUCCAAAAGAAAAAAAAAAGAUGGAGUAGCUAAAGACAUGAGGCCGAGGCCAAUGAAGAAGACACACAGGAUUGGAAAAAGUGGAGGCAGAUAGUUAUUGAGGCCAGAAACCUUCUUCUUGGGGUUUAAAAACAGCAAAGACGUAAAAUCCAUUACUUUAUUUUUCAUUCCUUCGUUUCAAAUUUUUUUUUACUUCUGAGGGUCCACACAUUUUAUUAUUAUUGUUUUGACAAGGGUUUGCCCUGAGGUGUAAAAAAGAUAGGGGGUCCACGAUAAAUACUGCACAGUAAAAACCAUAAAAUAUUACUGUAUAAUGUUUGAAAUCAAUAUCACAGUGAGAAUAUAAACUACAAGAUUCUAAAUCACAGCUAUUUUAAAAGGCAGAAUGAGAACAAAUAAUAGUCCACUAAGCUAUCUAAUGUACAGUAUAAAAUAGGCAAUCAAGAACAUUUUCUGAAGUUAAAAGCUCAAACUUAGAAUACUCUUAAACAAUUCCGCCGCUUUAGCCGCUUUCACUGGCUUUAGCUAUAUUUGACAUACAUGGAGUAAGGGAAUAAAAUAUAUAAUUGACAGAACUUUGUAAUGACUCAUUUAAAUGGAAUUUCUUUUAAAUAAAAGUUAAAACUAUGCUGAA